AAAGGAGAAAACAAUUUCCAUUUCAUUUUUAGUUGUAGAAGCAAAAGCAACCAUAAUUUAAAGCUCUUACGCCUUUUAACUAACUCCUUUUCUUUCUUGGGCCUCACUACAACACAGCUUGAAAGCUAAACGCUAGACUCUGCUGCUUACACCAGAUUGUAUCUUUUUGGAAUGACGAGUUCUCUGGGGACGCACCCUCGUAUCUGUUCAUUAGGAGGUCCAGAGCAUAUUUUGAAGGAAAGAAGUUGCAAAUUUUCAUGUUUUCGUUAUACAGACGUAGAAUCUUCUUGGAAAGAAUUGCUUCCUUCAAAAGGUCAGAAGUUUAUUAGCUAUCGCCACCUAAAUACUAGAAAAAACUGGUCAAUUUUUUCUGCUGCAACUGGUGAUGCAAAGGAUCCGGAUGACUCAGAAGAUAGUAACAAACCGACAGAAAGUGAAACUGGAUCUGUAAAUAGUGAAAUUUUAAGGAAUAAUCUUGAAAGAAUCAUCGGGCGAGAUGACUCUGCUUUUAGUGGAAUAGACCUUGCAGCUCUGAUAAGGAAUAAAUAUGGAAGGUCCUAUGAUGUUCAAUUGAUUAAGAAGGAAUUCAUGGGGAAAAAUCUUCUUGCGUUAAACGUUAUGUGGAAAUACAGGGAGCAGCGAUCUUUUCCACUAACUGAAGAAGAGUACCUACUGAGGCUAGAUGAUGUGGCAAACACAUUGAAAUGUUGGGGAGCUGUUUCGCAUGUUCGAAAUAGCCUUGAGAAGUUGAAAGAGCGGCCUCGUAUAGGGAAGGCAGUGAGCAUUUUCAUAGAUAUGGACGAAUCUGGCGGCCGUGCAAAUGAAUGGAUUUACAAGUAGGCCAAUACAUUGUAGCCCAUCCCAGUUGAUACUUGAUAGUUAGCUAUACACAGACAGAUAGAUGCAGUACAAAGAUGAAGAAGCACUUAUAUUUUUUCUAUUAUUUCAUUGUUCAGAUCCAUUUUUUUUUUAAUGUUUCCAUUUGAUGGCAGACCCCUUUCGUGUAAUUUUGUCGUUCUCUUAUCUACACCAUAGUUAUGUGAUACUCUGUCCUUUCUAGUAAGGGCAUGUAAUGUAAAAUGUUAUAUUGGGCAACUUCCAUCAAAUGAGAUUCAACUUCGAUCAAA